AUGGCGAAUCGCCAGAUCACGAGGCGCAUACUAAUUAGCGCUGCAAUCCUUAUAUUUUUCAUUUUUGUUCUUUUCAUUCAACCUCAUGGACCCCCGAGCCCUGCCGUACGAGCCCCCGGUCACCUGGGGAAGACCGCCCCCGUCAAGGAUGACCUGAUCAAAGGGGAGAUUGUGAUGCCCCGUCUAGGAAACGAAACGGCCAAGGCGGAGCUGGGCCGCGCAACAUGGAAGUACUUGCAUACAAUGCUUGCUAGAUACCCCGAGGAUCCCUCGGAGGAACAGCAAGACACCUUACGAUCCUUCAUCUACCUGUUUGCACGACUCUACCCAUGCGGUGAAUGCGCAUCUCACUUUCAAGGACACCUGAAGAAGUAUCCGCCGCAGGUAUCUUCACGUAACGCAGCUGCGGGAUGGGGCUGCUUCAUACACAACGAGGUCAAUACGAUGCUUAACAAGCCGCUAUUUGACUGUAAUAAGCUCGGCGAUUUCUACGACUGUGGGUGCGCAGAUGACGAUGCAGAAGAAAGCAGCGAUAGUGGGAAUGACGGGCCUAAUGCUAAGAGCAAGGCCACGGCCCAUGAAAGCACUGCGGAAGACGAGGUCAAAAUCCUGCCCAUCGAGAUCUCGAGAGAGCCGUCAAGCCACUCGCGGUGGAUAAAAAACAUCUGGUUUAUGCAGAUUGAGUCGGUGCAGUCGUCUUUGAAACUCCUAGAAUCCCUUCUUUACCCCAUCAGCGCAGGAUCGUUGAAUGUACACUAG